AUGACCAAUCAGAGCACAGUGGCACAAUUUAUCCUACAGGGCUCCUCAGACAUCCCCACUGUAAAUGCUUUCAGCACAGGUGCUUUUCUGAUCAUUUACGUCUUUGGACUCAUGGAGAAUAUCUCUAUCAUCACAGUGAUUAUCAAAGAUUACCAGCUCCACAUACCCAUGUAUUUCUUCCUGAAGAACUUGUCCUUCCUGGAUAUGUGCUAUGCCUCAGUCACCAUGCCCAAAGCCACUGGCACUGCUAUCUCAGGUUCCAAGGAUUUUUCCUUUGCAGAAAGUGUUGCCCAGCUCUACCUGCUCUUCCCCAUGGCUGCCUCUGAGUGCUUCCUUCUCACUGCCAUGGCUUGUGACCGCUGUGUGGCCAUCUACGGACCCUCCUACGGGGUCAUAACGAGCAGAAACCUCUGCUGGGAGCUUGUUUCCUCAUCCUGGAUUUGUGGAGGGCUCUACUCUAUUUUCCAUGCCAUCAACACAUUCCCCCUCCCUUUCUGUGGACCUAAUGUCACUGAUCACUUCCUCUGUGACAUUCCCCCUCUCGUGAGGCUUUCUUGUGCUGACUACCAAGGAGACGAAGAAUUGGUCUUUAUAUCCAGCAGUUGCAUCAUCCUGGGAGCCUUUCUCCUCACCCUGCUCUCUUACAUCUGCAUCAUCUUUACCAUCCUCAAGAUCAGUCACGUUCAAGGUCUCUGGAAAGCCUCCUCCACCUGUGCCUCUCACCUGACCACUGUUCUCCUGUUUUAUGGGACUGAGAGUUCUACGUACCUAAGACCUAUAUCCGAUUAUUCUCCAGUAGAAGGAAGGUUGGCUGCUGUAUUUUAUUUCAUCAUCACACCCACUUUGAACCCUGUUAUCUACUGUCUGAGGAAUAAAGAAAUGAAUGCAGCCUUUAAGAAAGUGCGUUAUAAAUACAGAGAAACAACUGAAAAUGACUUAUUGUAA